CGCUCCCCUUCCUUCCUGUCCUGCAGGUACUUCUUCCUCUUAGCUGGAAAGGAGCCCAACGAUCUCACCAAUCAGUGGCUUGAAUGGGAAGCAACGGAGCUGCAGCCGGCCGUGUCCACAGCCCUGUAUUGCCACCUGGUGCAAGGAAAGAAAGGAGGAGAGGUUCUGGGGGCCAUCAGGAAAACGUUAACCUACAUUGAUCAAAGCUUGACCAGCAAGGCGACGCCUUACCUCGCCGGGGAGGCAGAAUCGGUAGCCGACAUUGUCCUGUGGGCCACCCUGUUCCCUGUGUUGCGGGAUGAAUUCUGCCUGCCAGACGAGCUGGAGGCUCUGAGGAGCUGGUUCCAGACCAUGAACCUCUCGGAGCCCUGCAGAAGCGCCGUGGCGUCCGUGCUGACGCCCCAGGGAGCCCAGGAGUUCAAAGCCUAUCUGCAGAAACAGCCAGGGCCCAGCCUGCACUGGGAGAAGCCAGCAGCUAACGAGCCAGAGGAAGAGGAAUUGGCCGAGCGCUCGUUGUCGGAGGAAGAAAUCGCAGCCGCCGCGGAAGCCUGGGCCAGAGGCCCGGCAGCCCUGCCCGAACGCUGGCAGCCGGCGAGCCCUGUGCUGCCCGUGGAGGGCAGAAGGAACGUCCUGAUCACCAGCGCCUUGCCCUACGUCAACAACGUGCCCCACCUGGGGAACAUCAUCGGCUGCGUCCUCAGUGCCGACGUCUUCGCCAGGUACUGCCGCCUGCGGAACUGGAACACGCUCUAUGUGUGCGGCACGGACGAGUACGGCACGGCCACGGAGACCAAGGCCCUGGAGGAGGGGCUGACGCCCCAGCAGAUCUGCGACAAGUACAACGCCAUCCACACCCAGAUCUACCGCUGGUUCGACAUCUCCUUUGACUACUUCGGCCGGACCACCACGGCCCACCAGACCACAAUAGCCCAGGACAUCUUCCGGCGCCUGCUGGAGCGCGACAUGCUGCUGACGGACACCGUGGACCAGCUGCGGUGCGAGCGCUGCCAGCGCUUCUUGGCCGACCGCUUCGUGGAGGGCACCUGCCCCUUCUGCAACUACGAGGAGGCCCGGGGCGACCAGUGUGACAAGUGCGGGAAGCUCAUCAACGCGGUGGAGCUCAAGAAACCUCAGUGCAAAGUGUGCAAAGACUCCCCGGUGGUGAAGUCCUCGCAGCAUCUCUUCCUGGACCUGCCCAAGCUGGAGGGGCUCCUGGAGAAGUGGCUGGAGCAGUCGUGGGCCACGGGCGACUGGACGGCCAACUCCCGCUUCAUUACCCGCUCCUGGAUCCGCGACGGCCUCAAGCCCCGCUGCAUCACCCGCGACCUGAAAUGGGGGACGCCCGUCCCCCUGGACGGCUUCCGCGACAAGGUGUUCUACGUCUGGUUCGAUGCCCCGAUCGGCUACCUGUCCAUCACGGCCAACUACACAGACCAGUGGGAGAGGUGGUGGAAGAACCCGCAGCAG